AUGUCUAUCGAACACGAGUCUGAAAAGGACUUGCACGUCAACCCAGACAACACAACGCACCACCCAGUUCAAGAGGUCGCCUAUGCUACCUCUGAACCCGUAAAGAGGCAUUGGUAUAGGAGCGUCACCUGUCAAGCGAUAAUCACCGGUAUCGCUUCGUUCUUGGCUCCUGGCGCUUAUGCAGCUUUGGCCGCUACGGGUGCUGGUGGUCUUGCAAAUGUCGAAAUCGGUAACGCGAGUGUAGCUGUUGCGUAUGCUUUGAUCGUACCUUCUGCCCUUGUAUCGACUGGAUUCCUAUCCAAGUUCGGCCCUAGAUUGACACUUGCUAUCGGAGCUGCAGGCUAUGCCCCAUACGCAGCGGCCUUAUACACCAACUCUGCUUUUAAAAAUCAAUGGUUCCUGGUCGUUGGUGCCAUCAUUUGCGGUUUGACUUCUGGUUUGUUCUGGGUUUCCGAGGGAGUCAUCAUCAGUGUAUACUCUGAACCAAGUAGAAAAGGUCGAAUGCUGGCAAUCUGGCAAUCGCUUUACACCCUCUCCACAAUCAUUGGUGGAUUUAUCAACUUGUUCCUCAAUCUCGAUGUCAAGGUCAAAGGAGGUCUCAAGCCCAAGACAUAUCUCGUCUUUGUCGCUCUCAACUGCAUCGCACCUUUCGUGUCUCUCUUGCUGUCGAACCCUAAACAAGUACAACGAAGAGAUGGGAAACCCGUCACUGGUAUUCCCGAUCAAGGAUUCUGGAGAGAGAGUUGGCUCACGAUCGCCGAAUUGAAGGACCCCAAGAUCAUCGCCAUGUGCUUCCUUUGGUCUCAAUCUUUGUUCAUUCCCUCCUGGACUUCGACCUACCUUGCCAAACAUUUCUCCGUACGAGUUCGUGGUAUGUCUUCGAUUGUCAAGCCUUCCUUGACCAUCAUCUGGUUCCAAGUCAUGGGUUUCUACCUUGACAACAAGAGAACUUCAAUCCGAAAGAAGCUCGUUUACACUUGGGGUUUCUUACAUACCGUCAUCCUUGGAUCAUGUAUCUGGCUUUUGAUUCUUACCGUCAGACAAGAUAAACAAGCCGUUGCACCUUCAUGGGAUUGGUCUACGGACGGAUUCGCUGCCGCUUGGGUGCCCGUUGCUCUCGCCACUGCAGCUCAAGGUACAGCCUACGGAUACAUGUACUACAUGGCCGGAUAUGUUUUCCCCCGAGGAGCAGACAAAGCUCAACUCUCAAGAAUCAUCGCUACACUCCGAUCUGCCGAAUCAGGUUCAGCCGCUAUCGCAUUCGGUAUCAACGCUACCAAGCUCAGUCUCCACAAGACAGGUUAUAUCAACCUCGCCUUUGCCCUCUUUUGUGUACCCUGCGGUCUCUACGUACUCAACUACGUAUGGAAACAAGAUAAGCUUGGGGCCUACGAUGAAGAGAGGAUCAAUGAGGAGAAACCGGCUGUUGCCCAAGAGACUCCAUAG